UCAGAGACAGAGCAGUGCCUGUCAUUUCCUUGAUGCGCUCAUUGGUGUGUCCAUAUAACGUGUCACAACUUUUGGUGGAUUACCCCAGUUAUGUGGCUCAUCAUCAGGUGUUGAAGUACCACUCACGCUCUCUCAUCCUUGUCUUCGAGGCAUCCACCUGCAGGAACAAGGUCCCUCUGACUGGAACAGAUCAGGAACUUGUUGAAUGCAAAUAGAUCAGCAUCCAAAGCAAGUCGGGGAACAACUUUUUCAAACAUGCUCUCUUUAAUAUUAUCGGUUCUUAUAUUUGCGCCUGCUUCUAAAAUGCAUAGUAUCCAUGUGUCUAGAGAGCCCACCAACAUGCUAUUAUCUUCUGCUUCCACAUUGCCAAUGUUUUCAUUGAUGACGUCUCUGCUGGUGAAGGGACUGGAGGCUGCGACCGUGGUAGGGACCACACCUGGCUGCGCGUCUUGCGGCAUUCAGCCGAUGGAGAAGGAUUCCGAGCAGAGGCUCCUGAUUGAGAUCGCCAAGCAACAGAUCUUGAACAAGCUGCACCUGAAAGAGAGACCGAACAUCACCUCGACUAUGCCCCGCGCUGCGCUUCUUACGGCUCUCCGCAAACUGCACGCUGGGCGAGUCAGACCGGACGGCACCAUUGAACUUGAAGUUAAGAUCAAUGAUACCAAAGAUCAGGGAUAUGAAAUAGUGAGCUUCGCAGAAAUGGAUGAGAUGGACACUACUGGUGCUCAGCCAGGCCUCACCUUCCAGUUCCUGCAGGAGCAAGGCCAUCGCAUUCAGGUGCUCCAGUCAGCUCUGUGGCUAUACGUCCGCUCCUCUGACACCCCUAACUCAGGGCCCCGCCCCACCGCCACAGCCCACAUCUACCUCUCUUGGCCUGGGGAAAGCGGCUCCAACCGCACCCUCCUCCUAGAGAAGAUCCUGGAUGUGCAGAAGAGCAACUGGUACACCUUCCCCAUUACACACACCCUGCAAGCGUUCAUGGACGGGGGCCAGCGGCUGCUACAGCUGGAAGUCACCUGCAUAGAGACUGGGGUGGCCGGGGUGAAUGGGGUUAGCCAGAACCUGUGUGAGCUGGGUAAGUCCAUGGACAUGGCCCAUCAGCCAUUCAUGGUGGCCCAGGUGCGGCUCCGUGACGACCCCAAACACAUCCUCCAGAAGAGGUCCCUACGGUGCGGAGAUGAUGUUACGGUUUGCUGCAAGAAGGACUUCUACGUCAAGUUCAAGGAUAUCCAGUGGCAGGACUGGAUCAUAGCUCCAGAAGGGUACCACAUUAAUUACUGUAUGGGCCAGUGUCCCCAGGCCCUGGCUGGGUCUCCAGGUAUCGCGUCUUCCUUCCAUGCCACAGUCUUCAGCCAGCUCAAAGCCAACGGCAUCAACACAGCGGUGUCUUCCUGCUGUGUGCCCAUCCAGCGCAGGCCUCUGUCUAUGGUCUACUUCAACUCAAAGCACAGCAUCGUCAAGACCGACGUCCCUGACAUGAUCGUAGAGUCCUGUGGCUGCACGUAAAGAAAGAAGAAAGAGAAAGACAAGACAUUCAGCUAAUUAUGCUUUUAGUCUGAGAAGACUAGAUUGAAUGUGUCACACAUGCACAGACAGAUGCAAAUACAUACUUUCACGAUCAUGCAGUAUAGAAUUGAAGAUAAUCUGUCUUCAUCAAUUCGAUAGAGGGUUUUUGCAUGCCAAUGGUGAAUAGUACUGAGUACUCUAAGGGUUUGUUUAGUCACACACAGAUAGCACACGACAGAAAGAGGAGACAUAUUCAUAUAUCACCUUCAUUCCUUUUUUUUUAACUGUAAAACUAUGAGCUGUUAUAAUUGUAUUUGUUUUUAUACUUUGUGUGUUUUGUAUUACUGGUGAGCGUGAGGUGAGCUAAGAAAGAUACAGUAAGAUUUAUGCAGUCUGUGCCUGGAUCUAAGUGAAUUAGAAUAGCGCUUACUCUUUAGCUUUGUUUCUAAUAAGAUGUGUGCUGCAUCGACAAUUUUCACACAUAUCCCACGACUUGUCUAGGUAAAUAAAGGUAAAAAAAAAAAAAAAACAUAUCCGACUGAGAAUGUCCAUUGUAUACACUAGUAUAUAAAAAAAAUCUUACUUUAAAGUUGUCUGAUUCCUUCUAGUCCAUUACAAGUAUAGUUACAUACAUUGCAGGGCAUUUGGACGUUCUGAUUCUGAAUUCUAAACUUUGAGAUCCAUAGAGGAGCUACAUUCUAGAGACUAAUGCAAUCGCACUCAUGCAGUUCUGAUGAUUUAUGCAACAAGACAGCAGUAAAAUCUCACCCCUAGGAAACCACCCAGACAGGAGCAGAUAUCUGAUAUGGAGAGGUUAAAAAUGGUUUCAUCAGCAUCUGCACUGUAUUAUUUGCUCAGAUAAUCAGUUAAGCAACAGCCUGGCUUUGACGGCAUGAACUCAAGGUUAUUACACAGCUGUGCGAGCAAACAUUUAGCUAUUGCCACAGUGUCAGACAACGUGAAGGUCCAUGAAACACACAGGUCAACAAGCAUGCGCAUGUUCCAAGGCACGGAGUCUGCAUUUUCCAAAAUCUAAGGUUUUUAGGGCUCAUGUCAAUUAUAUUCAUCCAUUCAAGCAAAUAAAGUCUGUCUAUCUUUGUUUUCGUUUUAAAAUGUUUACACUAAAUGGGUAUAAUGUGUGUGUAUGAUACGUUUAAAGCUGAAACCUCUUUGCUGCCUUCUUAAUGGUGUGCAUCUUGUGUGUGGUUGGCAGUAGCAGUGUAUACUGUACUGUAGACUUUCCUACCAUACCCUGGCACUAUGCCGCAAAAGGUCCCAUAUUGCAUUGCAGUGUGAUAUGCUAGCAUGGCCCUCGGGAUCUUAAAGCAAACACUUCCUGGUUACCUGGCUCUUAGAACAUUAGAAUAAUAGAACAUUAUAUUGUUCUUCUGCAAGCACUUCCUGUCCUCCUGUCCUAGAGCUUAAUGUAUGUCACAUUGAGGAGUCAUCCUUCCAUAGGGUACAUGUACUGCAGUCUGGAAUGUACCAUGAUGAUAACUAAUACCAUUGAUUGUGAGACCAAAAAGUGAAAGUUUUUUCAAACAGAACGCCUCACAUAACUUUCAUAAUUGGCAAUGAUUUAUUCAUGAGCACUUUAUCGGCUUACUGUAUAUUUAUGAGAUUCUGCAACGGGUUGUCCUUUACUGCCAUUGAUGAAGGCAAAAUUAUUGUUAUCAGGUUAUUUUCUUUAGCCCUUGCUUUAUGUACAGUAUGUGUGGCCCUUGAUAUAACGUCAUAUUGUAUCCAUUGUGAACUAAAUUAUGGAGGAAUGUCUCUAUACUGUAACUGAAUAAUGAUACCAGCAUUUUGAUUGAGUAUCAAUUCCAGUAGAUUCUAUUGUCUAUCCUUUCUAUAUUACAUGAUAUUUUGAAUCAUUUGUAUUAAGAAUAAACAUUAUAUUUCAUUUGUCUAUUGUACUGUAUGCAAUAAUCCUAUUGAAAAUGUAUUUUAAACAAAACCAAUAAAUAUUUUUGACAUGA